GCGAUAGUUGCCAGUUUGGCAAUUGGAAUCCCCGAAAGAUGGCGGCGCCGCCAGAGGAGGAGAGCUUGGAGUCUCGCGUCAACAAAGCCACCAACCCUCUGAACAAGGAGGCGGACUGGGACAGUAUCCAGGGCUUCUGUGAACAGCUCAACAAUGAGCCUGAAGGUCCUCAACUGGCUACCAGACUUUUGGCCCACAAGAUCCAGUCACCCCAAGAAUGGGAGGCCAUGCAAGCACUAAUGGUCCUAGAGAUGUGCAUGAAGAACUGUGGGAAGAGGUUCCAUAAUGAAGUGGGCAAAUUCCGCUUCCUCAACGAGCUCAUCAAGGUGGUCUCACCCAAGUACCUGGGUACUCGGGCCCCAGAGCCAGUGAAGAAGAAGGUUCUGGAGGUGAUGUUUAGUUGGACGGUGGGGCUGCCUGACGAGCCCAAGAUAGCGGACGCCUACCAGAUGCUGAAGAAACAAGGCAUUGUGAAGCAGGACCCGGUACUUCCUGAUGAGCCCCUCCCACCCCCUCCUCCCAGAACUAAGAGCGUCAUCUUUGAGGAUGAGGAGAAGUCCAAGAUGCUGUCUCGCCUUUUGAAUAGCACUCACCCUGAAGAUCUAAGAGCAGCCAACAAACUCAUUAAGGAAAUGGUGCAGGAGGAUCAGAAGCGAAUGGAGAAGGUGUCUAAGCGUGUGAACACCAUCCAGGAGGUGAAGGAGAGUGUGGGCCUGCUGACCCAGCUACUGGGAGAGUAUAGCAAGGAGAGCAACUCCCAGAGCAACCAGGAACUCAUCAAGGACCUAUACCAGAGCUGUGAAAAGAUGAGGCCUACUUUGUUCCGAUUGGCUAGCGACACAGAGGACAACGACGAGGCCUUGGCUGACAUCCUGCAGGCCAACGACAGCCUGACGCAGGUCAUCAACCUGUACAGACAGCUGGUGAAGGGAGAAGAGGUGAACGGAGACACCACAGCCAUGCCAACACUACCAGGAAGUAGUACAGCCCUCCUAGACCUGACAGGGUUGGACACCUCGCCCACCGGACUGCCCUCCUACCCAGACACCCCGUCACUACAGACCCCGUCACAAGAACUGGGUAUCAGCCUGCUAGAUGAUGAGCUCAUGUCACUAGGACUCAAUGACGUAACGCCCAACUCUACCCCCACUCCUCAGUCAGGAGACUGGAACUCCUUUCAGUGUUCUGACAGUGUAGAGCCAGUCGUCCCAGCGGUGCCUACUGCAGCAGUGUUACUACCGGCCGUGACCCCUAACCCCCAGGCUCCGUCAGGGGGGGCCCCCGCCGCUCCCUCUAAAGCCCUGGAUGAGUUAGACCUGCUGGGCAAGACCCUUCUGCAGCAGGCCCUACCCCCGGGGACCCAGCACGUCAAUUGGGAUAAGCUGCAGCCUCAGUCCAGACCCACCCUGCGAGACCUCCAGACCAAGUCCAGUACCAACACUACUAGCACCACCACCCCCAGCCCUAUCCUGGCCUUGCCCUCGGAGCAGCCUGGGUCUCUCCUAGACUCCCUGCCCAGCCUUGGGCCUCCUGCCCCAGCCCCCCAGAAUGAUAUCUCCCUAGCUAACGUGACUGUGCCUCUGGAAUCAAUCAAGCCCAGCAGCUUGUUACCAGUGACUGUAUUUGACAAGCACAGUUUGCGGGUGCUGUUCCACUUUGCCCGUGACUCUCCUCCCUCUCGGCCUGACGUGCUGGUAGUGAUCAUCUCCAUGUUGUCCUCCGCCCCCAUACCAGUCACCAACAUCCGCUUCCAGUCUGCAGUACCCAAGGUGAUGAAGGUGAAGCUACAGCCUCCUUCAGGCACUGAGCUUCCAGCCUUCAACCCCAUCCUACCCCCCGCCGCCAUUACACAGGUCCUACUGCUGGCCAAUCCUCACAAGGAGAUGGUCCGGUUGCGAUACAAGCUCACAUUCGACCUGGGAGAAGAAUCACACGACGAAUCCGGCGAUGUAGAACAGUUCCCCCCUCCAGACACCUGGGGGAACCUUUAGUUGGACGGAUCAACUUCCUGUCACCUGAUCCGCUGCUUCCCUUAGGUGUAGGUCGAAGGUCCCCCCCAAGCACUGGUCCAGGGAAAGAUGGCGUUUUUACAUGGUGAUGGUUACGGAUUGAAUUUGGCAGGGUAAUCUGGUCUUAGAUCUGUUAUUUGGGAUCGGUUUCUCCCUUAAGGGUUGCACCAAAUGUGCGCUGUUGACAUCUGACUGGCAACUUUUUUUGCAUAAUUCUACAUGUAAAAUCGGUUUGCACUCAGUUCGCAAAUGACAUCUGGUACUCUGUUCAGAGGUGCUAAGUACUCUCAGCAGGCAAAUGCUAUUGGUGUGUCUGAGCCCUUAUGUCUUCCCAUGUGUUAUGGAUUGAAUAUGGGCAGGGAAAGCUGAUCCUAGAUCAAUUAUUUGGAGGCAGUAUCUCUCUUAUGCCUUCCCAUGUGUCCCAUCCAUGAUCCACCAUCCCACGUCCCAAUGCUGUAAUCUUUCAUACUCCAUUUUGUGUUGUCUUCAUUCCAUUGACUGUACUACAAUCAGCCCUUAGUCUCCAAUGCAUUACUGUAUAAUAACCACCUUACGUGAUCUGUCCAAAAUGAACGUCAAAUCAUUGCAGUGAGUUCUGCGAGAACAAGCGGAAGCCUUUUAAACUGAAUGUGUGUGGGACUGUUUCUUUCUGUCUAUGUCUAAUAGCAUUAUUCUGCACAAAAUAUGACACUCAAAUUGUCUAGUCCCAAAGUAUUGUAUUAUUGUCUUGUUUUUAUUAUUAUUUGUACGGUGUAAGACCAGUUGGGUCUGUGAGUGUGUUAUGAUGAUGCCGACGAGUUGGGCAAUAAGUGUCUAAAGCUGUGACAAAUGUAUAUCCUGUCAAAUCUUCUUUGAAGGAAUAGCCAAUCUAUGGCGCUUUUAUUCAUUCUAUUGAAAUCACAUUAUCAUUUUCUUAUUUAGAUUUUGUUUUGAUCUAAACAGCAAUUUGUUUUGGUUCAUCACUCUAAACUAUGUCAUAGUUCAUAUUUUCAUUACAACAAGUGAUUUCAUUACAAUACACACCCAAAUGUGCACGCACUUCCUAUUUCUUGUUUGGUUUUGCACAUUAAUAUGAUUCCCUCAUUUCCUGUCCUCUCUGAUCUACCUUGAGCUGUUGACGCUGACCUAAAGGGAGAGGUGUUAGUUCAGUACUGAGUUGUCAAUGCUGACACCCUGUUUAAAUCUGCCGGAUGUGCCUAAAGCUGAGAGUGUGUUCUUUCUGUAUCUUUGUAUUUCAUUUUUUUUACCUUCCAUGUACAUACGAAUUUAAAUUAGUUUGAUGUCAAUUUUUUUCCUAUUUCUGAGUCUGACUACUGCUUUUCUUAUUACGUGAUCUGGUUAUGCUUCCUUUGGUGUGAGAUGUGAAACGAAUGGGACAUGGUCAUUGAUGAUGCGUCCGUUCAAUCUAGGGGCGGCCAAUCAUAUCCGCAAAGGGACGGUGGGGGCGGAAGCUUUUACUCCAGCCAAGAGGUACCACACCUGAUUCAACCAAUAAGCUGAUUUAUUGAAAACUAAGAUUAGUUGAUCAGGUAUCAUGUUAGUGCUUGGAUAGAAGUAAAGCCUGCACCCCCACUUGUCCAUUGCAGAUACAGUCGUCCAACCAUGCAGCAGCUGCAUCUCUCUCGCCACUGCAUCUCCCCUUCACAUUCCACCUCCCUGCCUUUAUUCCGUAGCCUGGUCCCAGAUCUGUUUGUGCAGUCUUGCCAACUCAAUGACCAUAGGAGCUGGUAAAACAGCACAAAUAUUCCCUGCUCUGACUUUGUAAAUAAUAAGAAUGGUUCUGCAAUUAUGUACAUUUGCCCAAAAAAUAUAAUUACAAAGAGCAAAUAAAUAUUGAGGGGGGAAUGGUGAGAAUGUAGUGCAAAUAUGUAUUUAAGGGAAAUAAAAUUAUUCUUUUUCUUGGGGGUUUAAACUGACUUUUGUCUAUUGGUGGUUGUAAAUGAACUUUCACUCAUGCUUACCUAUCCUGUACUACAUACAACAAUUAGAAGGAUUUUGGUUUCAAAAACUUUAUUUAAAUCCUGUGAAAUAAAGCAAUGUAGAAAAAGAACAUACAAGUAUGAAUGACCUCUUACCAAUAAAUGUUAUGAUUAAACAAUCACAAAGCAUCACUCAAUGUGCUGACAUGAUGUGUCUAUGAUUAUCAUUCCAACAUUCUCCUGAUAUGGUUUUGAUAUGAAUCUGAAGAACAUGGUAUAGCCAUACAGCUUAUGUAGUUUAGAAAAAGUUUAUAGAAAAGCUGACUGCAGUAUCAAAUGAAUAUACAUUUCCAGAAUAUGAUAAUAGUUAGAGAAUGAUAUAAUGCAACAUUCACGUCCCCAAAAGAGAGUUAAGAGAAAUAGAAAGCAUAGACGAAUGACAACCAAAAUCACAGUUGAGUUCUACAUAACAAAAAAAUCACAUUUUAGCAUUUGUUGCUCACUGAAGGACUAGAACGUCACCAUUUAGAGUAAAUCACAAAUGGAAAUAUCAACUCCUGUCGUGCCAAUUAAUAACAAAGAGUCACAGCUUUAGAUUCACAAAAUACCAUAAUCUGGCCGAGCACGGACUGCUGAAAACAUGAAAA